AUGGAUCCUUCGGCAGCGUUGUUGAGUAUUCUUCACAAAAGCCAAGCGUCACCUUCCGAAUCGACAAUGGCUGGUCAAAAAAGUCCUCCACCACCCUCCUAUCCGCCUUCGCAGCCAACCCCACCUCCGAGGCAAAGCCCUCCUAAGACCUUUGGAUUUAAUCAGACAUUUACUCAGCAAACUGGUACUAUAAAUCAAAAUUCUCUUACUUCACCUGUAUCAACAACAUCACAUGGUGUUGUAGUGAGCCAAAUACAAAGUCCUUCAAAUGGCGAAUUCAAAAAUUUACCCUCUUCAACUACAGUUGACCCAACCUUAAACGUUGAUAAAGCUUCAACUGAAUCUCUUAAACUUGCACUAUUUGGCCGUCCCACACCAGUCGCAAGCCUUGAGGAAAGUCAGCAAGAAAAUGAAAUCCAAUAUCAAUCUGAAACUUUAAUGGUUUCAAAUGAAAGUCCAGAAGAUGAAGAUAACUCAUUUCUUGAGGAAACAUCUGAAAUAGAUGAACAAUUAUCAUCUCCCACUGAAGUUAUUGAUUAUAAUAAAUUAUCUAGUUUGGAAUCGAUUAAACCAACUUCCACUACUACAGCUAUUAAACAUUCACCACCCGUGACGAACAAAUCGAUAUUCACAUACAGCAAUCCAUUUGACCUUUUAAAAAAAUCACCGCCAUCUUCUCCUUCUCACCGACAUCCAGUCGAUCACCAAUGGACAUCACAAUCAUCUCCACCUUCACAAAAGAAAAAAGAUGUUUCAACAGUACAAAAGGAAGGUGGUGUUUUCUCUAGAUCUCAACAACAAAUUGAACCAUUCCUUUCUGGAUUUUCGGCUUGGAAUGUACGCGCGAGCGCAGCUCCCAAAGGUCAAACAAGCAUUCCAGAUGGUGUAAAACUUCCCAGAGGAAUUCUUCUGUACGAUACUGGCGAACGGAAUGAAAAGGUCUUGUGCUCAAAAGACUUGAAACUUACAACCAUAACUCUUAUUCCAAGUGACUUGGAAUAUCGUCUUGGAAAAUCCAUUGCGGUCAACGGGCACUACAUAUGCUAUGUAGUUAAAGGUGGGAAAAUUAGAGUAAUUAGCAACUUAUAUGGGAGUAAAACGUUAUUGCGGAAUCAUGACAAGGAUAAGUCUAUACUUGAUAUGUGUAUUCGGGAAACGUCACACGAUGGACUUGAUCAAGGACAGUCCGAAAAGCAGCUACUUUUGGCUAUCGGCGGUGAUAGUAAAAUCACUGUUUGGGAAAUUUCUGAGCCACCAUCCGAUCCGAGUGCAGAAAUCCCAUACAAAGUAUUACUUGAAAUUGAUGCCAGAGAGUCACUUGAGGACUUGAAACAACCACGGUAUCAUCGUGCCGUAUGGCAUCCAUUGAAUCCAAACUUAUUUGCCGUUGCAGUUGAUACGAACGAAGUUAUGGUCUUCGAUAUUAACAAGAUCUUAGAUGGUAAUGAAACACGGAGUUUUAAGGAAUCCGAAAUAUCCGGGAAGAUAUUAAAAUAUAAUAAGCCUAUUAGUGACUUGGCCUUUUCUUAUGACGGAACAAUUUUGGCAGCCGCAAGCGAAGAUUGCGUCAUUUUCAGUGCACUAAAUCAAGAACCUGAAUCUGAUAUGAGCAUUUCUACUGUGCGCAAAAUUAUUCUUGAUGGACAGCAAGUGUCUUCCGUUUUAUUUGUUGAUAGAGGAGAAUUUUCAUCAGAACAAUCUUCGUUUAAAUUCCGGUAUGUGGUUAUUGGCACGGAACGUAAUACUAUGCUUCACCUUUACGAUGUAGAGUCAGAUGAGUACAUACAGUCGAUCAAAUUUUUACCACCACCUGAGCGUCGCUCUUCAUUGAACAAAGGCUAUCGAAAGGAAGAAGCCAUGUUCAAUUGCAUUAGCUUCGAUCAACGAUCACGCACUCUUGUGGUAACUAAUAGUGCCAGAAUAUCUAUUUUUGCUCUACAUUUGAACAUGCCAAACAAAAAUUCAGAGAAACUCGACUUGUUCAAUCAAUCCAACUUGAUGGGCAAUGGGCAGUUUGAAUACGAUUCUAUAACAACUCCGGAUGAAUUUUCCAUCUUAAAUUCGGUGCAAUUUGAUUACAUGAUAGAAUUUCCGGUAAAUCAAAUAAUUGGUAGCUUCGUUAUAAUACCGGAUACUACAUCUUCCAAUGGAUUUUCGUUAUAUUGUAUUCAAUCUAAGGCAGUACAACAGUAUUGCAUAAGCGGAGAUUUGUUAUUAGCUCCGAAUAUUGAUGCGUGUCCCGAAUAUGUAAGCGCGGAGAGAGUUCUUGAUCAACAACGGCAGGACGAUGAGGACGAUGUAAAAAAGGAGCAAGGUGCUAUUUAUUCAGAGUCACUUGAUUUUUCGUCAAAUGCUGAAAGCACUAAUGUCGAAGAAAGCAUUACUGAAAAAGACGCUAACAAAGAAACAUUAGUAGUCGAAAAUUCAUAUUUUGCAGGUGAUGGACCCGAAGUAACUUCUGUAACUUUUGAGGUUGAUGAAUCUACAUCGACCGGAAAGCAAAAUAUGAUAAUAGAAGGAAAUAUGUCGGAAUCGACGUAUUUACCCGAUGAGAGUGAAGCAAAAAAUGCAGAAAAUCAAAAAACGACUAAUAUCAAAUUGUCCACGGCUGUCAAUGGUGCGAUAGCCAAAUUAAAAGAGAAAAAGAAAACAAUUGCCGCGACAAGUACUGCAUCAGUGGUUCAGAAUGCAGAUAUAUCUUCAGAUUCAGAAAAGACUUCAAGGAGGAAAGAAUCGCGUCGAGGAUUGGAAAAGGAAAAGGACAACGAAAAUGUUAUUCAAUCUUCAGAGGUUACUAACAAAUCUGCGGGUAAAAAGUCUGCAGAAGGAAUCCCAAAGAACGGAAAGUCUAACGCUGGUGGUGAGAAAAACAGGAAGACAACAGAAAUACUUCAAGAUAACAUUAAAGUAUCCAGCGGAAAAUCUUAUUCUGGUCCGGAGAUUGAAGAAGAGCGCAUAGCUCAUCAGGCUGCAGAAACUUCGCGCCAAGAAGCAAUUCUUAAGAUAGUUUCUCAGACUCUCAGCACCAAUACGACUAAAUUAUUGGAAUCAACGAUCCGUAACGAAGUUCAAACUUCCGUUUUACCGACAUUAAGCAAGAUGGUCACUAAUGCUGUUGACAAGCAUGCUCAUAAAGGAAUGGUUGAUGCUGUGAAUAAGAAUAUUCCAGCUGCUAUUGAAAAAUCUGUAGCUGAUAAUGUACAGCGUGUUCUUGCAAAAACUCCAGUCAUAGAAUCAAUUGCUAAAGGUGUCUCCAAGGCUAUUAGGCCGGUUAUCGAAGAAACAUUCAGAGAAAAUUUUACAACUGUACUCAUUCCGUCUUAUCAAAAAGCUACCAAUGCUAUGUUUGAGCAGAUAACCACUACUUUUGAGGCUGGUCUACAAGACAUUGCUCACAAGAGUGCACAAGUUUCCUCAUAUUCAAAUAUGGGAAGCGUCAAUGAUCAGAAUGCUUUGGCGCGUUUGCAGGCCUCUUUGGAGCAUCUGACUCUGUCCGUACAACAGCUUCAGCAAUUACAUCUACAAGUUAAUCCACAAUCAAAUCUUCCGAGACAUGUUGAGCAACAAGUAAAUCGUACAUCUGACGAAUUACAACAUCACCUAGCUCGGUCACUUUCGGAGACAACUGGCCUGGAAGAUUCUAAUAACUCUGUUAUAGAAAGAGCAUUAGAAGCUCAGAAUUAUGAAGAUGCAUUUGUGACGGUCCUUGCGUCACACGAGCUACCUUUAAUUCUACGCCUUUGCAGUAAUGUUAGUCCGAAAACAGUAUUUCCACCUGCGAGACCUUUACUUUCACAGCCCGUAAUUCUUUCGCUUAUUCACCACCUUUCUUUGGAAUUAAAUAAAUAUUCUGAGCUAAAACUUGCAUGGAUGGAGGAGGCAGUUAUUAAACUUAAUCCAAAGGACCUUAUAAUUCGAGAACAUUGUGAAAGGCUUUUACCGAUGGUGAAACAACGACUAGAACAAUAUUAUUAUCAAGUCGCCUCUCAAGAUCCACAAAGUCCUAAUCUGAAAAAUAUAUCACUUCUAGUUCAUGUUGUCAAUGGUCUAUUAAUAUAA